UCUCAACCCAGGACCCAGCCCUGCAGAGCCAGUACAGUACUCAGGUUUCUAUUCUCUCUGCAAUGGAGCUGAUCUGGAACCUGUGUGAGAUUCUGUUUGUUGAAGCAGUUGCAGCUGGUCCCCUUCUGCUUCGCCUCCUUGACUGGGUUCGACUUCAUGUCUGUGAUGUGGACAACAUGGUCCGUGAAGUUCUGAGCAGUGAAAAUCCAACGAAGCACAAGCUUUUCUGGAAUGUGGUGGAUGUCUUCGUACUGCAAGGCCGAAUGGAUGAAGCACGGCAUUUGCUCUCCAAGGAAGCCACUGCCAAUCCCACGUCCCUGAACAUGUACAAAAUCUUGGAUGACUUGAUGAAAAAGAUGCCUGUGCACAGUCUUAGCAACACCCAGAUGCUGACCGAGAUGGAGCUGAAAUGGCAGCACUGGCAUGAAGAAUGCCAGCGGUACCUACAGGAUGGAACUUUUGCUGCCAAUCCCCACAUGGAAUCCAUCUGCAAGAUCCUGCUGGGAGAUGAAGAUGCCAUACUGCAGAAAAAGGAACUCAUGACUACUUGGUACCACUUCCUGGUUACCCGACUCCUGUAUUCCCAUCCGACUGUGAAGCCAACGGAGCUGCAGUUUUACGCGCAGUCUAGUUUGGACCUGUUCCUGGGUGGAGAAAGCAGCCCUGAGCCUCUGGACACAAUUUUAAUGGCGGCCUUUGAAUUUGAGAUGCAUCAAGUGAUCAAGGAAUGCAGCAUUGCCCUGAGCAACUGGUGGUUUGUGGCUCAUCUGACUGACCUCCUGGAUCACUGCAAACUCCUGCAAUCUCACAACCUCUAUUUUGGUUCAAAUAUGCGUGAAUUCCUUCUGCUGGAGUAUGCCUCAGGACUCUUCUCCCAUCACAGCCUGUGGCAGCUGGGGGUGGAUUACUUUGACCACUGUCCCGAAUACGGCAGGGUGUAUCUGGAGCUCCAUAUUGAACGGAUACCCCUGAACACAGAACAGAAGGCCCUCAAAGUGCUGAGGAUCUGUGAGCAGAGACAGAUGCAUGAACAAGUUCGUAGCAUCUGUAAAAUCAUGGCCAUGAAAGCUCUGCGGAACAAUCGCUUGGGCUCUGCCCUGUCGUGGAGCAUCAGGGCUAAGGAUGCGGCUUUUGCCACGCUGAUAUCGGAUCGAUUCCUGAAGGACUAUUGUGAAAGGGGAUGCUUCUCUGACUUAGACCUCAUCGAUAAUUUGGGGCCGUCCAUGCUGCUGAGUGACCGGCUAACAUUUCUUGGCAAGUACCGAGAAUUCCACCGGCUCUACGGGGAGAAGCGGUUCUCCGAAGCUGCCAAGCUGCUCCUGAUGCUGAUGACGGCUCACAUCGCUCCGUGCUCCUUCUGGAUGACCCUGCUGAUGGACGCCCUUCCCCUCCUGGAGCAGAAGGAGGUCGUAUUUUCAGCAGAGCAGACCUACGAGUUGAUGCGGUGCCUGGAAGACCUGACAGUGCGGAAGUCGGAUAAGCAGAAACUCCAGGAUGACGACGUCGAGUCUACGAAGGUGGAAAUGCUGCGACUUGCUCUCGCGCGGAAUCUUGCACGGGUCAUCGUCAAAGAAGGCACGUUGGAAGGAUCCUGAAGACAGCGACAGGUGCUUUCACCCAUCCUCCGUGGCUCACUGUACAUAAACCUGACUGCUUUUCUAAGAAUAAAUGUCUUGUUUUGCA